UAUAAAAUGUAUGCCACAAUUAUUAUAUAGUAGUCCAAAAAUUUGAAUUCUUAUUUUUCCCAGAAAUACAUUUGUAAAAAAAGGAUAUUUUUCCUUUUCUUAUUUUUCCCAGAAAUUCAUUUGUAAAAAAAAAAAGGAUCGUAAUCAUUUUUUUAUUUUCCUCAUAAAAGAUUUAAACAGUUCAAGAGCUCAAAACAUGCGCUACAUCAGCUACCUACCCGACGGCAUUCCGCAAUGUGAUAAAUUUUUCAAGAGCUCAAAGCAUGCGCUACAUCAGCUCGAACCUGCCUACCCUACGCCUUUGCGCAAAUGAUUAUCUUAUGAUAACAAAUGCCCACAUAUAGAUUUGGCAAUGGCAAUAGCAAUAGAUUUGACAGUUAGCAAGACAUAGAUUUUAUCCUGUCGAUAUGCCCCGUAAUAAAAGCGUAUUAAAAAAGGCGUGUGGCGGAUGAAUUGAAUAGAAACGGACACCCUUAUUUAACAAAAUUGUAGAAUUUGAUAUUAAACUACAUGAGAAUGUAAACUCUUAUUACGUACUCUGCUAGAGUUUGAGGUCUGGUAAAAUUUUGAGGAUAUAAUCGAAUGUUUAUUCUUUCGUAGUUAUAAAAUGUAUCUGGAUAUUGACCCAGUUCUAAAGAUAAGACGUUAAAUUCAAUAUUUACAUUCUUUUGUUCAUUAAUUGGAUGUAUUUCAAGACAUGUUAGCCACACCUUUCAAAAUAUAGAACACUUUAUCUCAAAUAGCACUAGUAAUAGCAGCAGGGUUCUCAUUUACUACUCCGUAGCAGCAAAAUAUCUAAAAUUAUUGCUAUGCUAUCGCUACCGCUCUGGAGCUUUACUCUUGCUACCGCUCUCACUUUGUCGGGAGCCGCAGCAUAGCCUUAGCAUAACAAUGUAAAGUAUGUGCUCUACUCUGCUCCGAGUUUUGUUAGGUAAAAAACUAUAGCUGGAGCGGGAGCAAAAAAUUAAAUUCUGCGCUAUGCUCUGGCGUAGCGGUAGCAAAAAAUUGGGAGCGGUAGCACAGCAGAGCUAAUGAAAAUUUUCAUGUGCUACAGCUCCCGCAUGUGUUUGUCGUUUUUUUUUUUUUGCUAUUUUCUGUCAUAAUAUUUGAAUUAAUUGAAUAAUUCAAACAAAAAAGGUUAUGCAAAUCAUUUUGGCACUUGUUGCGUCAAGUGACUUUAUAAAUCUAAAAUCAAAUAUUUUAAGAAAUAUAUUAAUAAAGUGAAUUAGAUAAUAAUUGAAUAAAUUAUAAAAUUUUUUUAUUAUGUAAAAUAUUUACCAUUUUUAUAUUACCAAGAACAUCAUCUAUUCCAAAUGUAUUCCAAUACUCAACUACUAUGAAUUUUCGAAAUUAAUUUUAACUACAUAUACUUUCCCCCUUUUUAUAUACAUUAGGGUGUUUUUAUUUUUUUGAAUUAUUAAUUUUGUUCGGUCCCGUCACGAAAUUUCCUUGGAAAUACCCCAAAAAAAAUUCCCUGAAAAUUUUAGCCCUACAUAUUAACAUAAGAACUGGACCGAGGCAUUUCAAAAAUUUUCCAUAGAAAAUACACUACAAUCUUGGUUUUUUAUCUUUAAAUUCCUACAGAUCAGAGGUAUUUUAUGGCAUCGCUUUGACUUUAGACGCUGUAGCUCUUGUCAGUUAAACAAAAAAAUGUGAAUUUCGUGGAAAAAUCAGGUUUAGAUACCUCGCCUUUAUCUUUUGGAAUACACGUGGUUAAUAUUCAUCUACUGAUUACCAGUACCAGUUUUAAUGCAUUGCACUGCGUAUUUGCAGUUCUAUUCUACCAUUCCCAAUAUUUAGUAAUUUUAUCAUUUUUUAGGAAGAAUCAGUUUGAAAUUGUACGCAUAUACUUACAUACUUCAAUGUAUAUUGCAAAGAAUCGAAAAGAUUUCUGUAUAUCUAAAAUUAUAAUAAACCUUUUUAUCAACACUCCAAUUAUUCGGCUAUAUCUUUAUGUUAGAUAUCCCGUUUGGUUUGUUAUGAAUGCAUUUGCGUCCUUGACCAAUAAUCUAGCAAAGUAUCCGCAGUAAUUUCAAUGCCAUUUUUUGUUGUGAUAUUAAAUAUAUCGGACGGGUUCGUCUUAAAAGAAAACUACCUGGUUAAGGAGCAAAAUCAGUAUAACCCAUAUACUAAGCAUGUUUGGAUAUGAAAAUUUUUACAUAUUUCUUUCUAUUUUUGAAUUACUAAAAUUUUCAAAUGAUUCUUACAUAAAUUUUGAACAAAUGCUUAUGAUUUGAAAUAUAAUUUUUGUAUUUAUGAGUUGUAUUGAAUUUUAGCAUAAAAAGAUAAAAUGUAUCAUAUGUAUGUCCUUACCCUGCUUCUAAGCUACCUCCCCACCAAUUUUAAGCCAAAUCGGUUCAGCCAUUCUUGAGUUAUAAACGACUUUCUUUUAUAUACCAACUUGUACCAUACUUGUAAAUGACAGAAAAUAGCAAAAAAGAAAAAAAAACAACAAACACAUGCGGGAGCUGUAGCACAUGAAAAUUUUCAUUAGCUCUGCUGUGCUACCGCUCCCAAUUUUUUGCUACCGCUACGCCAGAGCAUAGCCCAGAAUUUAAUUUUUUGCUCCCGCUCCAGCUAUAGUUUUUUACCUAACAAAACUCGGAGCAGAGAAGAGCACAUACUUUACAUUGUUAUGCUAAGGCUAUGCUGCGGCUCCCGACAAAGUGAGAGCGGUAGCAAGAGUAAAGCUCCAGUUAUGCAUGCUUGACUCAACUCAGCUUCGAAAAAGGUGACAUGUGAAACGUAACUGCAACUAUACUAAACACAGCGCGUAGAAAUCAGCUGUUUUUGAAUGUUGAGAGAGCACACAAAUGUGACAUUUUACUUGAUAUGUGAAGCUUGUAAAAAUUUAAUCAAUAUUAAAACAAACUGUUUUGCUGAAUAUAUUAACUUUAAUAAUGGAUAGUGAUUUAUUCCAUGAACUAUUAUAUUUAAAUAUUCUUCGCCUUCAAAGAAGAAAAGUAUUAAGAAGACGUAAACGCCGCUGGUCCGUUCAUCCAGCAAAUCGGGAUAGAAACCCAAAUGGUUUCUUCUGGAAGAACUUUUUAAAAUUAAAAGAAGACGACCAAAAACUAUUUGCUUUAACACGGAUGAAUCGGCCAGUAUACAACCUUCUUAAAAAUAGUCCGUUUUUAAAAAAACCAAAACAACAAAUUGGCGUCGAGGAGCGAGUGGUUAUAACUUUAAUGUACCUCGCUUAUGGAACACCUUUUGAGAUCAUAGCCUCGAUGCAUAAGUUAGGGAAAACAACAGUGCGGAAUAUCGUACUUGAAACGUGUGAAAUAUUUUGGUUAAACCUGUGCCCGAUAUACCUUAGCGAGCCAACUACCGCACAAUAUAAAGACAUUGCUGCAGAUUUUUUAAAACUGUGGAAUAUACCCAACUGUGUCGGAGCAAUUGACGGGAAGCAUAUAGCUAUUAUUCGUCCACAAAAUUCAGGCUCGUUAUUUUAUAACUAUAAAAAGUUUUAUAGUAUAGUUUUAAUGGCAUCCUGCGACGCUAGGUAUACGUUCACCUCUGCCAGCAUUGGUAGCUAUGGCGGACAAAGUGACGGAGGUGUCUUUCAGCAAACUAAAUUUGGUCAAGCACUCUUGGAAAACAAAUUGCCACUACCACCAAGAGCUCCAUUAUGGAAUGAAUCCUCAACAGAUUUUCCACAUUUUUUUGUGGCCGACGCAGCGUUCCCAUUGAAGGAAAACUUAAUGCGACCUUACCCCGGUGCACACCUGCCACGAAACAAAGCAAUUUUCAAUUACCGGUUAUCCCGAGCUCGUAGAGUAAUCGAAAAUAGCUUUGGUAUUUUAACUGCUCGAUGGCGUGUUCUAAGAAAGGUAAUAGACUUUAGCCCAAAGAACUGCGAAACAAUUGUGUUAACCUGCUUGGUUCUUCACAAUUUUGUAAUGUUGAAUGACCAUGAUCGUUGGUAUUGUCCAGAUACAUUUGUAGACACAGACACCGCAGACCAUGGAAUAUUGGAGGGAGAAUGGCGUGAAGAUUUAGAGAGUGUUGGAGGUGCAUUACAUUCAAUAAGUACAACUCGACGCAAUGCAUCUAGUUUCGCAUUCCGUCUAAGGGAUUUUUUGGCAGAUUAUUUUAUAAAUCAGGGAGCGGUUUCAUUUCAAGAAGAUCGUAUUUAGUGUAUAGCAAUGUUUGUGUAUUUUAUGCAUUUGAAAUAUAUACAUAUUUUUAUGUAUAAAAUUGUAAUCUAAGUACCUUUAUACUAUACUUUUUGUUACGUUAACUUUUUUGUGAUAUUUUAUUAAA